AUGCGCAGAGUGGUGGUGACUGGACUGGGAGCUGUUACGCCCUUGGGAGUUGGUGUCCGUCAGACAUGGAAACGUCUCAUCAACGGUGACUGCGGCAUCGUCUCAACCAGACACCUCGGGGACGAAUUUAAGACCAUCCCAAGCCAAGUGGCGGGCUUAGUACCCGUCCACUCUUCGCUGGGAGGGUCAUGGCAUGCCAAAGACCACGUCACGCCCACAGAACUCAGACAAACGGCAAGAUUCGCACAGUACGGCCUGGCGGCAUCAGCUGAAGCGCUCAAAGAUGCCGGAUUCGAAGCUGGAAAAGGUCUUGAUCCCGAAAUGACCGGCGUCUGCCUUGGAUCUGGAAUCGGCAAUCUCGAAGAGCUUUAUGAUACCACUGUAGCUUAUGCACAAGAAAAAAACUACCGCAGAAUCCACCCCCUUUUCGUCCCACGUCUACUCAUCAACCUCGGAGCAGGCCACAUAUCGAUGCGCUAUGGCCUCCAGGGCCCCAACCACGCCGUGACAACGGCAUGUACGACGGGCGCUCACUCCCUGGGCGACGCUUCCCGGUUCAUCAAGGCAGGCGAGGCGGAUGUCAUGAUCGCCGGCGGCGCCGAAGCCUGCAUCCAUCCACUUGCCAUAGGCGGCUUCGCGAGAUCACGGAGUCUGGCGACCGUGUUCAACGACGAGCCUCAGAAGUCUUCGAGACCGUUUGAUAAGGACCGAGCCGGGUUCGUGAUCGGCGAAGGCGCCGCGUGCGUUGUGCUAGAGGAACUCGAACACGCCAAGGCUAGAGGUGCCCGUAUUUACGCUGAACUCGUGGGCUACGGCAACUCCGCAGACGCUCAUCACCUGACCGCGCCGCGAGAAGACGGGAGAGGGCCACUCCUCGCCAUGAAGAAAGCUCUUCGUCAGGCCCAAAUCCCUCCGUCGGCUGUGGAUUACAUCAACGCCCACGCGACCUCGACGCCACUGGGAGACGCCGCCGAGAACAAAGCAAUCGAGACUCUUAUGCUCGGCGAACACGGGAGGUACAGUUCGGCAGAGAUCACUCUUAGCAGCACAAAGGGUGCCAUUGGCCAUCUUUUAGGUGCUGCGGGAGCCGUGGAGGCUCUGUUCACUAUUCUAACUGUACAAGAGAACGUCAUUCCUCCAACGAUAAACCUCGCCUCGCCCGAAAAAGGCUUCAAUUGCAACUAUGUUGCCAAUGUCGCCCAACAGGCAAAUGUACAAGUUGCCCUUACCAAUAGUUUUGGCUUCGGUGGGACAAAUGCUACCCUUUGCUUCAAGAAAUGGAGCUAG